CGGAGGUGGCGUGCCGGGCGGUCGCCUUCAGCGGUGCUGCUGCGUGCGCUCGUCAGGCCCAGGCCGCGGCAGUGCUUUGUCGUGGGCGGGCGGGGCCUCGGGGCCGAGCGGCGCGGAGAGGUACCGGUGGUCGGGCUUGGCUCUCUUCCGGCCUCUGGAAGGCCUUUUCCUCGUCUGCACCCCCGCUAGCCGGGUUCUCGGCAGGCGCGCGGCCUGUGCGGAGCGGUCGGGAAGGCGGGGCUCUUAACGCCCGCGGCACCGUUGGUCUGCGGUGCUCGGAACGGUGCUCGGCUUCCUUUCGAGGCGCAGAGCUGGAACCUAAGGGGAAUAUUACAUUGGAUAGAAAAGGGAGGUGAUAAUGCACCAUGGCAGUGGUUCUCAGAAUGUCCAGCAUCAGCUACAGAGGUCUAGGUCCUUCACUGGGAGUGAAGAGGAGCAGCCAGCCCAUCCUAACUUAUCCCCAUCGCCUGCAGCGCCUUUCGCUCCAUCAGCCAGCCCAUCUGCGCCCCAAUCCCCUGGGUAUCAGAUUCAGCAGCUUAUGAGCAGAAGUCCUGUGGCUGGGCAAAAUGUGAACAUCACACUACAGAAUGUUGGCUCUGUUGUAGGAGGGAACCAGCAGAUUACACUGGCCCCUCUGCCACUGCCCAACCCCACCUCGCCAGGUUUUCAGUUUGGUGCACAGCAGAGGCGCUUUGAGCAUGGGUCUCCAUCAUACAUUCAAGUUACUUCUCCCCUGUCACAGCAGGUCCAGACUCAGAGCCCCACACAGCCUAGCCCUGGGCCAGGGCAAGCCCUGCAGAAUGUUCGUGCAGGUGCCUCAGGCCCUGGACUGGGCAUUUGCAACAACAGCCCCACUGGAGGCUUUGUGGAUGCCAGUGUGCUUGUGAGGCAGAUCAGCUUGAGCCCCUCAAGUGGUGGUCACUUUGUAUUUCAGGAGGCACCAGGCUUGACCCAGAUGACCCAGGGAGCCCAGGUUCAACUCCAGCAUUCAGGAGCUCCCAUCACUGUCCGAGAGCGGAGACUCUCACAACCUCAUGCACAGUCAGGAGGCACCAUCCACCAUCUGGGGCCUCAGAGCCCUGCAGCUGCAGGAGGCACUGGGUUGCAACCUCUGUCCAGCCCGAACCACAUCACCACGGCCAGCCUGCCACCCCAGAUCAGCAGCAUUAUUCAGGGCCAGUUGAUACAGCAACAGCAGCAGGUCCUUCAGGGGCAGCCACUGAACAGAUCUCUGGGGUUUGAAAGGACACCAGGUGUGCUGCUUCCUAGUGUUGGGGGGCCUUCAGCAUUUGGGAUGACAUCCCCACCGCCGCCAACCAGCCCAUCCAGAACCACCAUGCCUCCAGGCCUUUCCAGUGUGCCUCUCACGUCUAUGGGAAGUUCAGGAAUGAAGAAGGCUCCCAAGAAGUUGGAGGAGAUCCCUCCAGCCUCCCAGGAGAUGGCACAAAUGAGAAAGCAGUGCCUGGACUACCACUACAAGGAGAUGGAGGCACUUAAGGAGAUCUUCAAGGAGUACUUAAUUGAACUGUUCUUCUUGCAACAUCUUCAGGGCAACAUGAUGGAUUUCUUGGCUUUUAAAAAGAAGCAUUAUGCCCCUUUACAAGCAUAUCUUAGGCAGAAUGAUUUGGAUAUUGAAGAGGAAGAUGAAGAGGAGGAAGAGGAAGAGAAAUCUGAAGUUAUCAAUGAUGAGCACCAAGCUCUGACUGGGAGUCUCGUGGUGGGGGCUGGCAGUGCCACAGAAGCCGACCCCUUUAAGAGGCAGCAGGUGAUGCCAUCUACAGAGCAGUCUAAGAGACCUCGUCUUGAAGUGGGUCAUCCAGGGGUAGUUUUCCAGCAUCCAGGGGUGAAUGCAGGAGUCCCUCUGCAGCAGUUAAUGCCGACAGUCCAAGGAGGGAUGCCCCCAACUCCUCAGGCUACACAACUCACUGGACAGAAGCAGAGCCAACAGCAGUAUGACCCUUCCACAGGGCCUCCUGUGCAGAAUGCAGCCAGCUUGCACACCCCACCACCACAGCUCCCUGCGAGGCUUCCCCCAGCCACUGUCCCAGCCACAGCUCUCUCUUCCACCUUACAGUUUUCACAGCAGUCACAGAUGGUGGAAACUCCAACUCAGCUCCAAAUCCCAGUGAAGACUCCACAGCUGAAUGCCCCCAUCCCUGCCCCCCUGCCUAGCCAGCUUGCUGCUCCUUCUCCACAGCCUGCCCAGCCGACCCUCCAUGUUCCGAUGACCGGGAAGGCACAGAUGCAGACCUCUCAGCUUUCUUCCCAGACCCAGACAGUGGCAUCGACCAGGCCCCCCCUGGACUCUGCCCAGCCCUGCCAGCGGUCUCUGCCCACUUCCUCCUCUUCCUCAUCCCUUGUACCUGUGAGUGGCUCAGGCCCUGGACCCUCGUCUGCUCGUUCUUCACCAGUGAACAGACCCUCUACUGCUACCAGCAAGGCUCUGUCUCCCAUCACUUCCCGGUCUCCAGGGGCAGCAGUGUCAGCUCCCCCCAAGCCACAGAGUCCUGCUCAGAAUGCAGCCUCAUCCCAGGAUGGUUCUCAGGAUAAGCUGGCCGAACAGAUAACACUGGAAAACCAGAUCCAUCAGCGAAUAGCAGAUUUAAGGAAGGAAGGCUUGUGGUCCCUAAGGCGGCUGCCAAAGCUUCAAGAAGCUCCACGCCCUAAAUCUCAUUGGGACUACCUGCUGGAAGAGAUGCAGUGGAUGGCCACAGACUUUGCCCAGGAGCGGAGGUGGAAGUUGGCUGCUGCUAAGAAGCUUGUCAGAACUGUAGCCCGUCAUCACGAGGAAAAGAAACUUGGUGAGGAAAGAGGGCAGAAGGAAGAGCAGAGCAGGCUGAGACGCAUCGCUGCCACCACUGCCCGUGAAAUAGAAUGUUUUUGGUCAAACAUUGAACAGGUUGUAGAAAUAAAACUACAAGUAGAAUUAGAAGAGAAAAGGAAAAAGGCCUUAAAUUUACAGAAAGUUUCCAGAAGAGGGAAAGAGUCCAGAUUAAAGAUAUUUGAUACAUCACCAGAACAUGCUCUGGAUCUAGGACUAUCUGGAAGGAAAAGAAAAGCUAGCACAUCUUUGACAGAUGAUGAAGUGGAAGAUGAAGAAGAGACCAUUGAAGAGGAGGAAGCACACGAAGGGCUAGUUGACCACCACACAGAACUUUGUAAUCUGGCCAAAGAAGCUGAAUUGCCCUUAAUUGAUUUGAUGAAAUUGUAUGAAGGUGCCUUUUUGCCAAAUUUUCAGUGGCCGCAACCUGAACCUGAUCAUGAGGAGUCAAGCGGGGAAGAGGAUGUGGAAGACUGUCCUGGUGACAGGGAGAGCCGGAGGGACUCCGUUCUCAUUGACUCACUCUUCAUCAUGGAUCAGUUUAAAGCUGCAGAGAGAAUGAGCAUUGGAAAAUCUAACACCAAGGACAUCACAGAAGUUACUGCUGUGGCGGAAGCUGUCCUCCCUAAGGGCAGUGCCCGGGUCACAACUGCGGUCAAGUUUAGUGCUCCAUCUUUGCUGUAUGGUGCUCUCCGAGACUAUCAGAAGAUAGGACUUGACUGGUUGGCCAAGCUAUACCGGAAGAAUCUCAAUGGCAUAUUAGCUGAUGAAGCUGGGCUCGGGAAAACUGUGCAGAUCAUUGCUUUCUUUGCUCACCUUGCCUGUAAUGAAGGUAAUUGGGGCCCUCAUCUUGUUGUCAUGAGGAGUUGUAACAUACUCAAGUGGGAACUUGAGUUGAAACGCUGGUGUCCUGGCCUCAAAACUCUUUCUUAUGUUGGCAGCCACAGAGAACUCAAAGCAAAGAGACAGGAGUGGACUGAGCCCAACAGCUUCCACAUCUGCAUCACGUCCUAUAAGCAGUUCUUCAGGGGCUACACUGCCUUCUCAAGGGUGCACUGGAAAUGCCUUGUCAUUGAUGAAAUGCAGCGGGUGAAGGGCAUGACUGAGCGGCACUGGGAAGCCAUCUUCAAGCUGCAGAGCCAGCAGCGCCUGCUUCUGAUCGACGUGCCUCUGCAUAACACUUUCCUGGAGCUCUGGACCAUGGUACACUUUCUUAUUCCUGGAAUCUCCAGGCCUUACCUGAGCUUCCCCCUGAAAGCUCCCAAUGAGGAAAACCAGGAUUACUAUCACAAAAUGGUCAUAAGAUUACACAGGGUCACACAGCCAUUUAUUUUGAGGAGAACAAAGAGAGAUGUGGAGAAACAGCUGACCAGGAAGUAUGAGCAUGUUCUGAAGUGCCGCCUUUCCAGUCGGCAGAAGGCCUUAUAUGAGGAUGUCAUCCUACAGCCAAGGACCCAGGAAGCUCUGAAGAGUGGACACUUUGUCAGUGUCUUGAGUGUCUUGACACGGCUACAGCGGAUCUGUAACCAUCCUGGGCUGGUAGAGCCACGGGUACCAGGCUCCUCCUAUGCAGCAGGCUCUCUGCAGUAUCGGUCAGCCUCUCUAAUUCUCAGAGUUCUGGAGAGAGAGUUCUGGAAGGAAACCGAUCUUUCUAUAUUUGAUCUCAUUGGGCUAGAAAAUAAAAUUUCUCGCUAUGAGGCUGAAUUACUGUGUAAGAAAAAGGUGACUCGAAAACUCAUGGAGGAAGUCUUUGCUUCACCACCUCCGACAGCCCGGCCAGCAGCCAUGAAGCUCAAGGCCAGCAGGUUAUUUCAGCCUGUGCAGUAUGGCCAGAAGCCCGAGGGUCGUACCGUGGCAUUCCCCAGCACACAUCCACCUCGGAUGGCAACCGCCAAUGCAGCCACUGCUGCCCCACAGGGCCAGGUUCGAGGACGGCCACCGAUUGCUGCUUUUUCUGCCAACCCAGAUGCAAAAGGUGGGGAAGUAGUGAAAAUAGCUCAACUGGCAUCCAUUGCAGGGCCACAGAGCCGUGUUGCCCAGCCAGAGACACCUGUGACACUGCAGUUUCAGGGGAACAAGUUUACCUUGUCACAUAGCCAGUUGCGGCAGCUAACAGCAGGCCAGCCUCUACAGUUACAAGGUAGUGUACUCCAGAUCGUGUCAGCCCCUGGGCAACCCUACCUGCGAGCCCCUGGCCCUGUGGUGAUGCAGACCGUGUCUCAGGCAGGCGCUGUGCAUGGCGCCCUGGGAAGCAAGCCCCCAACCAGUGGCCCUAGCCCCACGCCCUUGACCCCACAAGUUGGUGUUCCGGGUCGAGUAGCAGUGAGCGCUAUGACUGUUGGAGAACCUGGGCUGGCUUCCAAACCAGCUUCUCCUGCUGCAGGGCCCACCCAGGAGGAAAAAAGCAGACUUUUGAAGGAACGCUUAGAUUACAUGCAUUUUGUCAAUGAGCGGCGCUGUUCCCAAGCUCCAGUGUAUGGCAGAGACUUGCUGAGGAUUUGUUCCCUGCCUGCUAGAAGAAAGAGGCCUUUGUACUGGUCUUUAGAGAGCAACCUUGGGACAGGUGCCAGAGUAGCAGACUGUUACAUGUCACCCUCAAAAAGUAAAGGUGAUCUGGUUGUGAUAUUGGAUCAAUGUCAAGAAUCUCUUCAAGAUGUUCUUGACAGGGUGGCCUGUGUGAUUCCUCCAGUAGUGGCUACGCCACCCUCCCUGUGGGUGGCGAGGCCACCAUCACUGUAUAGCAGCAGGUUGCGAGCUCUGAGGCAGUGCCUGAGAGAACAUACCCGCCCCUACCACCGGCAGCUGCAGCAGCUGACAGCACUGCGCUCAUUGCAGUUCCCAGAGCUGAGGCUGGUACAAUUGGACUCAGGGAAGUUAGAAGCUUUAGCAAUCCUGCUACAGAAACUGAAAUCUGAAGGACGUCGAGUAUUAAUUUUAUCUCAGAUGGUUCUUAUGCUGGACAUUUUAGAGAUGUUCUUGAACUUCCAUUAUCUCACCUAUGUACGGAUUGAUGAAAAUGCCAACAGUGAACAACGGCAGGAGCUGAUGAGGAGUUUCAACAGAGACAGGCGGAUUUUCUGUGCCCUUCUCUCUACCCAUAGCCGUGCCACCGGCAUAAAUCUUGUGGAGGCUGACACCGUGGUGUUUUAUGACAAUGACCUAAAUCCAGUUAUGGAUGCCAAGGCCCAGGAAUGGUGUGAUAGAAUUGGGAGGUGCAAGGACAUCCAUAUAUACAGGCUUGUCAGUGGCAAUUCUAUUGAAGAGAAAUUGUUGAAAAAUGGAACUAAAGAUUUGAUCCGUGAAGUGGCUGCUCAGGGAAAUGACUACUCCAUGGCAUUCUUAACGCAGCGAACUAUCCAGGAGCUGUUUGAAGUUUACUCGCCCAUGGAUGAUGCUGGUUUUCCUGUGAAAGCUGAAGAAUUUGUGGUGCUUUCUCAGGAACCAUCUGUCAGUGAAACCAUUGCACCCAAGAUUGCAAGACCUUUCAUAGAGGCCCUCAAGAGUAUUGAGUAUCUGGAGGAAGACACCCAGAGGUCCACAGAGGAAGCCGUGCCUGGAUCCAGCACUGUAGUUGUGUCCUCAGACUCAGACGGCUCUAGAUAUGAUGAAGAGCCAUCCCAGCUGGAGGAGCUGGCUGAUUUUAUGGAACAGCUUACACCAAUUGAAAAAUAUGCAUUGAAUUACUUGGAAUUGUUCCAUAUGACCAUUGAACAAGAAAAAGAGAGAAGCAAUGAGGAUUUGGUGAUGGCAUCAGUGAGGGACUGGGAAUUCCGCAAUGCUAGGGCCCUGCAGGAAAGGGAGGCCCAGUUGCAGCUUGAGCAGGAGGAGGCAGAGCUUCUCACCUACACUCGGGAAGACGCCUACAGCAUGGAGUAUGUCUAUGAAGAUGCUGAUGGACAGACAGAAGUCAUGCCGCUCUGGACACCACCCACACCUCCUCAGGAUGACAAUGACAUCUACAUUGACUCGGUUAUGUGUCUCAUGUAUGAGACCACACCCAUCCCAGAAGCUAAGCUGCCUCCUGUUUAUGUGAGAAAGGAGCGCAAGAGACACAAAACAGAUCCUUCAGCUGCAGGGAGGAAGAAGAAGCAGCGGCAUGGUGAGGCAGUUGUCCCGCCACGAUCCUUGUUUGACCGGGCGACACCAGGCAUGUUGAAAAUCCGACGUGAAGGCAAGGAGCAAAAGAAGAACCUGCUAUUAAAACAGCAGGCACCUUUUGCCAAGCCUCUGCCUACCUAUGUCAAGUCCUCAGGGGAACCUGCCCAAGACAGUCCCGACUGGCUCAUUGGUGAAGACUGGGCCCUGCUACAGGCUGUAAAGCAGUUACUUGAGCUGCCCUUGAACCUCACGAUUGUGUCACCUGCUCACACUCCUAACUGGGACCUUGUCAGUGAUGUUGUCAACUCCUGCAGCCGAAUCUACCGGUCUUCCAAGCAGUGCCGGAAUCGUUAUGAGAAUGUCAUUAUUCCCAGAGAGGAAGGGAAGAGUAAGAACAACCGUCCACUCCGCACAAGCCAGAUUUAUGCCCAGGAUGAGAAUGCCACUCACACCCAGCUGUACACAAGCCACUUCGACCUGAUGAAAAUGACAGCUGGCAAGAGAAGCCCCCCCAUCAAGCCUCUGCUUGGAAUGAAUCCCUUUCAGAAAAACCCUAAGCAUGCCUCUGUGCUGGCAGAAAG